AUGGGGAAAUGCAGUUGUAAUUUGCAGGAGUUGAAGCCAGCUUUGGUAAUGGUGUUGGUGGAAACUGUGUAUAGCGCUGUGAAUGUUUGCUACAAAUUGGCUGCAAAUGAUGGCAUGAAUCUCUCGGUUUUGGUGGGCUACAGAUUUCUCUUUGGUGCUGCUGUUAUCCUUCCUAUUGCUUUUUUUGCCGAAAGGAAAAAAAGACCAAAAUUAACCAAGAAGAUUGCCUUAUACGGAUUUCUUUGUGGUUUGUUCGGGGGAGCUUUGGGGCAAAACCUCUACCUACAAGGCCUAGUUCUCACUUCUGCUACAUUUGCGUCUGCCAUGACCAAUCUUAUUCCCGCCAUUACGUUCGUCAUCGCCAUCAGUCUCAGAUUAGAAAGCCUUGCAUGGAACACUGCAGCUGGAAAAGCCAAAGUUUGGGGAACCAUUAUAGGAAUAGGUGGAGCAAUGGUCAUAACAUUCUACAAAGGGCUUGAGCUUCAACCAUGGGACACUGGUAUAAACCUUCUCGAAACAACGACAUCUCAUCAUGGUGGCUCUGGCUUGCCUCAUAGUGAACACGGCGGCCAUAAAUAUGUUCUUGGUGCCGCUCUUUCUCUCUCUAGUUGUCUCUGUUAUUCGCUCUGGCUCAUUAUUCAGGCUAAGGCAGUUGAAGGCUAUCCUUGCCCUUACUCCAUCACCGCGAUGAUGGCUGUGGCGGCCUCAGUUCAAGGCGUGGCGUUCGCGCUAUGCGUGGAGAGGGACUGGAGCCAGUGGAAUUUGGGAUUGGAUGUCAGGCUCUUUACAGUAGCCUUCUCUGGAAUUAUGGGUUCGGCCUUGAUGUAUUCGAUGGUGGCGUGGUGCGUGGAGAGAAGAGGGCCGUUGUUUGUGUCGAUUUUUCAACCUUUAAUGCUUAUGAUAGUCGCUUUGGGGGGAUCUUUGUUCUUGGAGGAGAAACUGCAUCUUGGAAUGGUGAUUGGAGCCAUUUUCAUCGUGGCGGGACUGUACAUUGUGUUGUGGGGAAAAGGCGAGGAAACGAAAACAGUGGCGUUACCGGAAAAUACUGAGAAUGAAGCGCGGAUAGACAUUCUACCGCUGCCAGAGCAGAGUGACACCAUUAACAGGGCAGAGGCAGAGGCGGAGGCAGGGGAGCGAACAGAGUCGGUGUUGCCCCAAAACAACAACAUCGACAAUGGAAGUUGCAUUGAAGAAAUGGAUGUGGAGUCGCAAAAUAAAAGUAGUAGCAGUAGGGAUGAGGAGACGCGGCUGGAGAUGGAGUUGUCGCUGCCAUCGGAAGAGCAAAACGAGUGUAUACAUAGUGGCGGAAACAAUGAAACGAUGGUGGUGGAGGAUAUGGCGAAGCAUUUGCAUAUGCAAAAGGAUAGUAGGAAUAGUACUAGUAGUAGUAGUAGAAAUGAGAGAGUGGUGGAGGAGCAAAUGAAGGAAGUGUUGAAAGAGAUGGAGGCACGGAUAGCCGGAAAGUUGGAGGCCCAACUAGCUGCAGAGAAGGCUAAGAUGCCACCGCCACCACCUCCUCCUCCACCACCGCCAUCUUGA